AUGAGUGGGAGGGACCUCAGAAUGUUCAUCACCAGCCACAGAGCAGAAGAUAUCGAAAAGCUGACCCUGCGUAUCAAAGGUGGCCUGGAAAGCAGCAAGUACAGACCGGUUCACUACACGCAGCUGCAGUCUCUGCUCGACGCCCAAAGGCUCGCUUCUGCACACACCGAGCAAAAGAUUCAGAGGGUGCUGCAUGUGGCUCAGAGGACCAGAGAGAGCACCCUGCUAAGGCUGCACAGGCAAGCAUGGAGCCAGGAGCACAGCAGAUUAAUCAAGGCUGGGGAGAAGGUGGAAGCAGAGCUUCAGAGCUUUCUCAGCCAGAAUGCAGUGGGCCUUGACUUCACCUCUCAGAUGCAGGAAUACGAGCUGUCCCUGGAGAAGGAGAGGGAGAGAUUCCGAGUUGCCACGGUUACACCCAUCUGGCAUCUGAGGGAGGACCUGCAGUGCAGACUGUGUGAAAUAGCCUUCCAACAGCGCCCCCCUCCCUCCCGACCUCCUGACUGGGACCGGGUACUGCAGGAGGUGAGCUCAGUGAAGGACCAGCAGGAAGCAGUUCAACAGACCCUACAAUCAGAACGUCAGUCAGUGGAACAGGAGAUCAAUGCAAUGGGACUGGAGGAGUGUCUCUCUUCAGCGCAAGGGAUUGUGGGAGACUUGGGGCAGGUUCCAGAAGAGGUCUUGAGAGCAGAGUGCCCCUAUCCUGAUCUGAAGGCCUCUCUGCUCCAUGACUUCAACACACUCAGUGUGAAAUAUGGCUCCCGACUGCAGAGCAUUAGAGACCGUCUGCAGGAUGUAGGCAGAUGCUGUGGUUGGCCUGAAGAGGAUCACAUGGUGUUUCAGAUGACUGUGAGCCAGUACCCAGGUGACCUGAAUAACCAUCGAGCCCUCUACAUGGACAUGUUGCAGGGACUUCUCCCUCACAGGACGAACCAGGAGCUGAAGGAGCACGAGCGGGCAUGGGACUGGCACCGCUUCACUCUGGCCCAGCAGCAGGCAGUGAUCCAGAGCUGGCGCCGAGACCGGGCCAGUCUGCUGGCGAAGGUUCUGUCGGUUCUGCAGGAGGCCCGGGCAGCCCACCAGGAGGAGCUGAUGGCACGGAGCGAGAGGAGGCACCAGCAGGAGAUCUCCGCCCAGCUGAAAGAGAAGCUGCAGCAGUGGCAUGCCCAGCAGGAGAAGGUGGCCAGGUUGGAGGAAGCCAUGGCAACCAGGAGACGGGAGGAAGAGGAGGAGAGGCUGAGGAGGAAGCAGGAGAGGGACGAGGCCCAGAGGACACUGCAGAAAGAGAGAGUGAAGCAGUUCCACUCGGAGAAACGGAGGAAGAGGGAGGAGCUGGAGAGGAGGGAUCAGCAGCGAAUGGAAGAACUGGGGACACUCAUGGCUGAGCAAGCAAGACGAGAGAAAGAGAGGGUGCAAUUUCGGGAGAUGCUCCUACAGCAGCACAGGGAGGAGAGGGAGGCACGAGCGCUCCUCAGACUGAAGGAGGAGAAGGAGAGGGUGGGUCGGCUGGAGGCUCUCAGGAACCAGGUGGCAGUGGAAGCAGAGGCAGACCCAGGGAGGAUGAUGGGAGAGACGAAGGCCUGGAGGAGCCGACAGCAGACUGGAGAAGAGUUCGUUCUUCAAAAGCCUCUGCACCAUCUCUACACAUUCACAGACAGACAGAUCGUGUCGGAUCCGAGAGUCCGGAUCGAGCAGGCUCUCCGGGAAGCGGGUCUCCAUGACACACUGUACGCACAGGCGGUUCUGUCCGGCGUCCGUCCCCCGAGACAGCCCAGGCGUGACACAGAGUCCACCGUCUUCAAGUCUUAA